AUGGAUCCUCAUCAGUCGGAUUCUUGUCGAAAGCGCAAAUAUCGAGUCUCCUCAUCGCUGUUGGGACAUCUGGAGGAGGAGUCAUGGGAUUGUACCGUUUGCACCUUCAAGAAUUCUGCUGAAGCCUUCCGUUGUGAGAUGUGUCAAACGCGGAAGGGUACUUCCACUCGUAAACCCAAAUUAAAUCCACAAAUUGUCGAAGAACAGAAUCUUAUUGCUCGAGCCAUUAUUAAAGAACGUCAGGAAGAAUCCGGUGAAACCAAUCGAAGGAGAUAUCAGCGACAUUCUGGUAAUGGAGCUUCUUCUUCGUCUUCUCUAAAAAAUUCCUCUCUUCUUCGUCCAACAUUCCCACGAAAUGCCGUUGAUCGGACUUGUACUCAACAGUUUGAAGUGUUUGCUAAUGGAUUCAGCGUUGUGAUUACCGAAUAUCUUCCAAAAUCUUCCUCUGAUGGUAUUUGCAAAUUUGCUCCAUCCCUUCCGGAUAGUCCUGCGAUUUCAAAUCCUCCAUCAGUAGUUGGCUCAUCAUCUAUUGGAAAUGGUACGACAAAAGUCGAAAAUUCCUACGAAGCACCUCCAUACAGUGACGUUUCUUCCUCGGCUGGAUUUCCUACCGUGAUACCGAAGGGAGAAGGACAGGAGGAAGGAGCAAAAGGCCAAGAAGGCGUCGAUGAAUACGGCAUUUCACCCUCUCCUAGCGUUGAGGCGCCCUCUCUGAUAGAUUCUUUUUCCUCUUCUAUAGCUUCACCAGCUCCCCGUCCACGCAAACGUCGAAAACGUCGACUUCCGUCGUCACAAGGGGGUAACAAAAUAGUCCGUUCCCUGCGCAGCGCUACAUCAAGUAUUAGUCCCCGUGCUGCUUCACGCUCUAGACAUGCUAGCAGAGUAGCUCGUGCCUCUCUCUACCGUGGAAGCAAAAAUAGCACGCCAUCUCCUCGUGUCUAUAAGAGAAGAAAAAUGAUGGGAACGACUACUCCUGUUGAUGAUGAGGCUACUGCAGUCCAUGAAAAUCCCCCUCCAUCCUCUCCACAAGAGAAAUCACCUGAUGUUCUAGUUGAGGAGGUGGAACCCGAAGCCAAUAGUACUUCUCAAACCACUUUAGGAUUACCAGCAACCUCAUCUUAG